AUGGGUACUAGUCAAUCUCAAUGUCGUCCACAUGCUCAUCAAAAUUAUAAUACAUAUUUAGGACCAGCGUGGGGUCAAACACAUAAUGCUACUCCAACUGUUGGAAAUGGACAAAUUCAUCAUCAUCAUCAUGCAAGAGCGGGAUUUGGCUUUGGUGCACCACGACCACAUCUACUUUAUUGUCAACAUAUGUAUUUAAUUAAAAAAAUAAUUAAAAUUUGA